GGACCAUCAGGCUUUCCGUACCGUUGUGACGUCACCGCCCUCGCCCAUUUCCGCUGUUUUGUGAAGUUUCGGCGGGUUUUACAAAUACGUUUGAUAUUCACUUUAUGAGCAUUAGCCGUCGGAGAGCGCAAUAUGGAGCGUGGAAGGAUGAGUCGAGUUACAGGCAGCAGACUGUCAGAGCUGCCGCUGAGAGUGCAGGACAACAGGAUGAGUAUGGUGUAUACGACACCACAGAGUAAACAGCCCGCAUUUGGAAAGCUCAGCGUAUCCAAACCACAGUCUGGGACCUCUGAAAGGCGUACCAGUUUCUUUGGCGCCAGGACUAGUGGAGCCAACAUGCCUCGUACCAGCACCAUGUCAGGGUUUGGAGGAACUGAGAAGAUCAAAGAUGCCAGACCACUACAUGACAAAUCUUAUGUUCAGCAAUGUAUCAGACAGCUACAUGAGUUCUUGACAGAGCAGGGUUUCCCAGGGACUUUGUCGUCAAAAACCCUCCAGUCUCCCUCCACCAAGGAGUUUGUGAAGAUGUUUGAGUUCAUCUACCGCCAGCUAGACCCAACCUUUGAGUUGCCAAACUCAAAGGUUGAGGAGGAGAUUCCAGCUAUCCUGAAGAGCUUGAGGUAUCCAUUUGUUCUCUCCAAGUCCUCUAUGUAUUCUGUUGGAGCUCCUCAUACCUGGCCUCAGGCCCUGGGUGCCCUCAUUUGGCUAAUUGAUAACGUCAAGAUCUGUUGGAGUUUGAGUCAGCAGGAGCUGCUCUUCAGCGACUUCUGUGAAGACAGUGAUAACAUCGAGGAAGGGGCUCAAUAUAACAAGCUCUUCUUGGACUACACUGUCGAGACGUACUCCAAGUUCAUUCAGGGUGAAGACACAUUUGAGGCUGAGGAUGAAUCAUUUCUCAAUAAACUAAAGAAGCUGUACAAUGUUGAUGAGGCCCUGCUGGCCUCCAUGGAGGAGAAGCACAGAAUACUCACUGAUGAGGUUGAACGACUGGAGAAAGAAAGUCAGACUGACCGUCUCAUGACCAAGAAGAUGGAAAAAAUGAAGCUGCAGACAGACCUGAAGAAACUCCAGAGUUAUCGAAGCAGCCUCGAGUCUUUUAAAGCCAACUUGGAGAACAAAGCUUCAGAGCUGAAAGAUGAGCUGGAAACAACUGUCAGUCAUCUGGAAUCUCUGAAACACGAGAGAGACGAACUGCAGCACAUCCUGCAAAACCAGAAGUUCACUCCAGCCGAUGUAGAGAGGAUCAACAGAGAGAAGAGGGAACUGCAGCAGACCAUCACCAGUCUCACCAAGUCUCUUGAAGAUGCUGAACAGCACAAGUGGAACGAGGAGAUCGCUCUGGCCAAAGUGAAAGAGAAGGCGGAGUUGAAGCUGACCGAGUACCACAAGCUGGCACGUAAACUGAAGCUGAUGCCUCCCUCUGCUGAGAACGCCUGUGGUCACGAUUUUGAGAUCAGGGCUUUUGAAUGCGGGACCAGCAGCUCUGUUCAGCAUAAAACACAGAUACAGAUGCUCCUGAGAAAGCUGAUCAGCGACGUGGAGGAGGAGAACAGUCGUUUAACCAACAUGAAACUAAGUCUGGAGGAAUCCUGUGAACAGCUAAAUUCUAACAUCAUGGACAAGUCCAACGAUCUGAAGCAGCUGAGAGAGCAGAUCCGCAAACUGGACGAACGGCUGGAUUCUGACAUGCAGGAGUUGGCCCGGGAGGAACAGGAGUGGGCAGCCGAGAUGGAGUCCGUGGAAAACCACCGCAAACUUCUCGAGAAGAAAGUUAAUUUCGGUUACGACGAGGCUCUGCAGCAACUCAAGGCGGCACAGCAACAGUACCACCUAGUGCUGCAGGAGACUAAUGAGGAGAGGCGAACAGUAGCCAACAACCUGGCAUCUGUGUUUACCACAGCUGCUAACCACUUGUCCAUUACAGAGAAGUCCAUGGAGGAUCUGCACAGCCGUGUGCAGCAGAUGUGCUCUAAGGCUGUGGAAGAGGACGACGCCGCUCUACAGAAGAUGCGGGAAACUCUGAAGACCUUCAAGUCCAAGGCCGACAGUUUAUAAAGAGACAGCGAGGCGGAGGCCUGUAGGUCCAUCCUGCAGACCUCUGCAUGUAAAUAUGCCCUGUGUGUUGUUCUUAAUGUUUUUAAGGUGGUGGGGUAUCUUUGGGAUAAACACGUAAAUAUCCACAUUGAUGGCCUCCACGGUCUUGACAGCUCUUUAUAACGUAACACAAGCUUUUCUUUAUCUAUUUACUUUUCUCCUAGUCACCAGUCUCCCCUUCUUUUCUUGAACUGUUAAUUGCAAAGGCAAUUAUUUUAAAGUUGUUGUUUUGGAGGAUGUGUUUGCUCUUUUUUUGCUAGUUAUUAAAAACUUGUGGAAAAAAAUGCAAAAUUCUUAUAGUGCGGCCGAGUCAAUGUAACAUUUCUACAGCGAAACUAUAAACUGAACUUAAUUAAUAAACCUACGAUAUGAAGUAACAUUUUA